CCUAUUUCAACUCGUUUGGAUUGUAACAUCCACUAUAAAGAGAUAAAUGUUUCGUUACAUAAAUUAUGUGAAAGGUAUUUCAAGUACUGAAGGCACAGUGACAACAUCGAAUGGAUUAUAUAGUUCCAUUAAUUCCCUUAAUACGUGACGGCAAGUUUCAGAGACUUCCAAUACAUGGACCUCUCAAUAUAAAAGACUACAGUCGGUAUUUAAAAGACGGAAAGCAAAUAUUCGACGAUUUUUAUUUGGAUAAAUCCACAUCAGUGUCUUUAGAGGAGUUCAACUUUCUUAAGGUUAUCGCUACAGGUGGAUUUGGCAAGGUUAUUCUAGUGGAAAGAAUCAAUAACCAAUCACAGUACGCGAUGAAGACGAUAAGUAAAACAUUCUUAGUCAAGAAGAACUGCGUGCGAAAUGUUUUAAAUGAGAUGAGAAUUUAACAAAGUUUGGACUGUCCGUUUUGUAUGCGACUCGUGUACUUCAGCCAGAGUAACUUCCAUUUAUACUUCUUUAUGCCUUUGAUUACAGGAGGGGAUGUGUUCACUCAUUUACAAAUAUUUGGUAAAUUCGAUGAGAAACUAUCCAAAUUCUACGCCGCACAGGUGGUCUUAGCGCUCGAGUUCUUGCAGUAUUGUGACGUCAUCCACAGAGAUCUCAAGCCGGAGAACAUUCUCAUCGACCGUUUAGGGUUUAUUAAGCUCACUGAUUUUGGUUUUGCCAAAAAGGUCACCACAAGGACAUACACUUUUUGCGGCACAAUCGAAUACGCAGCUCCUGAAAUUAUUCUAGGCAAGGGUCACGGAAAAGCAGUUGACUGGUGGAGCUUAGGCGUUCUCAUUGCUGAAAUGACUUCAGGAAGAGUUCCGUUCACUUCGAACGACGAAUUAGAGACGUUUGAGCAGAUAACAAACUCUGAAUACAAGAUGCCAGACUACUUCUCUCCUGAAUUAAGAAAGUUGCUGAAAGGACUAUUGCAGAAAUAUCCAACCAGGAGGAUAGGCAAUCUCUGGCGAGGAGUGAGAGAGAUAAAAUCCCACCUUUGGUUCACAGGUGUGAACUGGAUGGAUCUGUUAAAUAGAAAAGUAGUCCCACCUUUUAUCCCGGACAGCUCCGAACGACUGAGCCAAGUCAAUUUUCCAAAUAUGUCUGCAGUUUCUACUAUCUCUAUAUCUGGUCCGUCAGGCUCUGAAUUUGAUGAAUAUUUCAAAGACUUUUGAAUGUCAGUGUAGAUGUGAUCUUUUAUUCAGACCUGUUAUCCCUCUCUCCUAGAUUAUAGACGAUGAAAUGUCACGACAAAUAUUGUGUUUAGUUAAUAUUCGACAAAAAAUUACAAACUAUUCAUAAUAUAGAUAAAUAAGUUGAGUUUUACUUACUG